UCCUAGACAUCAUAAUUCCGCGACUCUAGCCUGUUCUCCGAGAGCCACGAAAAUGGUGGUAAUGGCGCGGUUAUCGCGGGCCGAGCGGCCGGACCUUGUCUUCGAGGAAGAGGACCUCCCCUAUGAGGAGGAAAUCAUGCGGAAUCAGUUCUCUGUCAAAUGCUGGCUCCGCUACAUCGAGUUCAAGCAGGGUGCCCCAAAGCCUCUGCUCAAUCAGCUAUAUGAGCGGGCACUCAAGCUCCUGCCCUGCAGCUACAAACUCUGGUACCGAUACCUGAAGGCACGCCGGGCACAGGUGAAGCAUCGCUGUGUAACUGACCCGGCCUAUGAAGAUGUCAACAACUGCCACGAGAGGGCCUUUGUGUUCAUGCACAAGGUGGAGGCUGGGCGAGAGGAUGAGGGGAAGUUGGGCUCAGUCCACAGAGGUGGGCCAGACCAGGGGGCCUGGACAAGCAUGGGAAGGAUGCCCCGUCUGUGGCUCGAUUAUUGCCAGUUCCUGAUGGACCAGGGGCGUGUCACACACACCCGCCGCACCUUCGACCGUGCCCUCCGGGCACUGCCUAUCACGCAACACUCUCGCAUCUGGCCCUUGUACCUGCACUUCCUGCGCUCACACCCGCUGCCUGAGACAGCUGUGCGAGGUUACCGGCGCUUUCUCAAGCUGAGUCCUGAGAGUGCAGAGGAAUACAUUGAGUACCUCAAGUCAAGUGACCGGCUGGAUGAAGCUGCACAGCGCCUGGCUACUGUGGUAAACGAUGAGCGCUUUGUGUCCAAGGCCGGCAAGUCCAACUACCAGCUAUGGCAUGAGCUGUGUGACCUCAUUUCCCAGAAUCCAGACAAAGUACAGUCCCUCAACGUGGACGCUAUCAUCCGUGGGGGCCUCACCCGCUUUACUGACCAGCUGGGCAAGCUCUGGUGCUCCCUGGCUGACUACUACAUCCGCAGUGGCCACUUCGAGAAGGCUCGGGAUGUGUACGAAGAGGCCAUCCGGACAGUGAUGACUGUGCGGGACUUCACGCAGGUGUUCGACAGCUACGCCCAGUUUGAGGAGAGCAUGAUUGCCGCUAAGAUGGAGACUGCAUCAGAACUGGGGCGCGAGGAGGAGGAUGAUGUGGAUCUAGAGCUGCGCCUUGCCCGCUUUGAGCAGCUCAUCAGCCGGCGGCCUCUUCUCCUCAACAGCGUCUUGCUGCGCCAGAACCCGCACCAUGUGCACGAGUGGCACAAGCGUGUGGCUCUGCACCAGGGCCGCCCUAGGGAGAUCAUCAACACUUACACAGAGGCUGUGCAGACGGUGGACCCCUUCAAGGCCACAGGCAAGCCCCACACGCUGUGGGUCGCAUUUGCCAAGUUUUAUGAGGAUAAUGGGCAGCUGGACGAUGCCCGCAUCAUCCUAGAGAAGGCCACCAAGGUGAACUUCAAGCAGGUGGACGACCUGGCCAGCGUGUGGUGCCAGUGUGGGGAGCUGGAACUCCGCCAUGAGAACUACGAUGAGGCCUUGCGGCUGCUGAGGAAAGCCACGGUGCUGCCUGCUCGCCGGGCCGAGUACUUUGAUGGCUCGGAGCCCGUGCAGAACCGUGUGUACAAGUCACUGAGGGUAUGGUCAAUGCUCGCUGACCUGGAGGAGAGCCUUGGUACCUUCCAGUCCACCAAGGCCGUGUAUGACCGCAUCCUGGACCUGCGCAUUGCCACACCGCAGAUUGUCAUCAACUAUGCUGUGUUCCUUGAGGAGCACAAGUACUUCGAGGAAAGCUUCAAGGCAUACGAGCGCGGUAUCUCACUGUUUAAGUGGCCCAAUGUGUCAGACAUCUGGAGCACCUACCUGACCAAAUUCAUUGCCCGCUACGGGGGCCGCAAGCUGGAGCGGGCACGGGACCUUUUCGAGCAGGCACUGGAUGGCUGUCCCCCCAAAUAUGCCAAGACCCUGUACCUGCUGUAUGCGCAGCUAGAAGAGGAAUGGGGUCUGGCCCGGCACGCCAUGGCCGUGUAUGAGCGGGCCACACGGGCUGUGGAACCCGCCCAGCAGUAUGACAUGUUUAACAUUUAUAUCAAGCGGGCGGCUGAGAUCUACGGAGUCACCCACACCCGGGGCAUCUACCAGAAGGCCAUCGAGGUGUUGUCGGAUGAGCACGCCCGCGAGAUGUGCCUGCGGUUUGCAGAUAUGGAAUGCAAGCUUGGCGAGAUUGACCGUGCCCGGGCCAUCUAUAGCUUCUGCUCCCAAAUCUGUGAUCCCCGGACGACUGGUGCAUUCUGGCAGACAUGGAAAGACUUUGAGGUGCGGCACGGCAACGAGGAUACCAUCAAGGAGAUGCUGCGUAUCCGCCGCAGCGUGCAGGCCACGUACAACACACAGGUCAACUUUAUGGCCUCACAGAUGCUCAAGGUGUCAGGCAGCGCCACAGGCACUGUGUCUGACCUGGCCCCUGGGCAGAGUGGCAUGGAUGACAUGAAGCUGCUGGAGCAGCGGGCAGAGCAGCUGGCGGCCGAGGCUGAGCGGGACCAGCCUCCACGGGCCCAGAGCAAGAUCCUGUUCGUGAGGAGUGACGCCUCCCGGGAGGAGCUGGCAGAGCUUGCCCAGCAGGCCAACCCUGAGGAAAUCCAGCUGGGCGAGGAUGAGGAUGAAGAUGAGAUGGACCUGGAGCCCAAUGAGGUCCAGCUAGAGCAGCAGAGUGUGCCAGCUGCUGUGUUCGGGAGCCUGAAGGAAGACUGAACCCCAUCCCUUCCCCCGUGACCCUCCCCCCUUCUGCAAUACAGGCUAUGUUUGUA